GACGAUAUCGAUCUUUUCGGACAAAAUGAUCGCUUAUCACCAGAACGAGAUAACACGAUGGACGAAUUUUGGAGUAACGUGAAUGACGCUGAAUGCUUGGAAGUUCUAGACACCGUUGAGAAUCUCGGACUUUAUGAUUUUCAAGAUUCAUACACUACGCUCGUUAAUGGCAAACGUGUCUCCAGUGCAAAUACAACGUCGGCUGUUAGGCUAAAAAAAUUACGUUUAAAUCUCGUAAAGUCUUCAGGAUUUACACAAAUCUCUACAUCAUCAAAUCAUACAAUUACCUGGUAUUACGUGAAAAAUACCAACAAUAUUCAAAACUAUAUCUACUUUCUUGAUUCGAUUAAAUCCGAACUAAUCAAUUUACUAAAAUCAAUUGUGAGUAAAAAUCCGAUCAAGUUUAAUUUAAAGCUUGAGGCGACAUAUAAUAUACCGAAUGUGGAAUAUUCAUCGGAAAACCGUGCUUUUAAAACAUCGGCUAAGGCGAUUUUCUGUGAUACCGGAGUACAGGAAAUUGUCGAAGAGGCAUUCGCUAAAUUAAUGAAAGAGCAAGACGAGUAUACAAGCAAGGGUAGUGGUUUCACAUUACAAUGUAUAGACGGUUUAAUGUUAGGUGUGUAUAAAUAUAAACCUAUAGGCGGCUCAUCAUACAUACAACUACCAGGCGCAAUAGAAAAUAAAAAAGCUGUGAUUAAUCCGCAGAACUUAGACUCACAAUGCUUCAAAUGGGCGAUCCUAGCAAAACAUGUCACAGGAAAUAAUAAACAUCGUGUUGGUGAUAAUUAUUUUAAACACCAAGAAAAAUAUAAUUUUACAAAUCUAUCAUUUCCAACACCACUACAUCAGGUUAAAAUUUUUGAAAAAAAUAAUCCAAACGUCUCUGUCAAUGUUUACGGUAUUGAUAAACAAUUUCAACCACCGAAAUUUCCGGAAUAUAAAGUAUUUCCACUAAAAGUAGUACAUGAAGAAAAACCCGAUCACUUUGAUCUUUUACUAAUUUCAGACCAGGACGAUAACACUCACUAUAGUUACAUCUCUAAUUUUUCAAGACUCAUUAGCGCUCAAAAAACCAAACAUAAUGGGCAGUUAAUUUUCUGCAAACGGUGCUUUACAUCAUUCGAUAAACAACAAUACAAAUAUAAAUUAAACGGAGUUGCAGGACUUGAACAACAUAAAUUAAUAUGUGGGGAACACAAGCCCAUACUACCUCAGUUACCUGAACCCGGAUCAAUACUCGAGUUUACUGCAUGGGAUAAAACGCAACGUCAUCCUAUAGUAAUUUACGCGGAUUUCGAAGCAAUUCUAAAGAAAAGUGAUGAGAAAAUUGGAGAAAAAACAACAGCUUUUCAAGAACACGAGCCCAUGAGCUAUGGGUUUAUGGUUAAAGCAAAUGAAGAAAUACCAGUGGAACUGCUUGAAAAAUUCGGAAUUCCGACAUCGCCUGUAAUUUACCGUGGAAAUGAAAAUAAUAAAGACGUGGCGAGACAUUUUAUAGAUAGUAUUGUGAAUAUAGGUCAAAAAAUUGAAAAACUACUCAAAACAAACACCCCUAUAAUUUUCACUAUUGAACAGCGGAGAACACAUGAAACAUGUAAUACUUGUAAUUUAUGCAAAACCAAAUUUUCUCAUGAAAAUCAUAAAGUGGCUGAUCAUUGUCAUUUAUCAGGGAAAUUUAGACAGUCAUUAUGCAAUACGUGUAAUCUUAAACUUCAAACACCUAACUUCGUACCAGUAUUUUUUCAUAAUUUAUCAAAUUAUGAUGCACAUUUUAUUGUCACUCGUCUCGGGUAUGAUACAAACUCUAUCUCGGUAAUACCAAACAGCGAAGAAAAAUUUAUUACGUUUUCAAAAUACAUUAGCAACUUCUUCACAUUAAGAUUUAUCGACACACUAAGAUUUAUGGCCUCCAGUUUAUCAACACUUUCAAAAAAUUUAAUUACACCAGGAUUUGAAAAGUUUAGAGACAGUGCAAAACAUUUUUCUACACAAGAUUUACCACUAGUUACUCGUAAGGGGGUAUACCCGUAUGACUACACAGAUGAAUGGGAUAAGCUUGAAGAAACCAGUUUACCGGCGAAAAAAUAUUUUUACAGUACAUUGGACGAAUCACAUAUAAAACAUGAGGAUUUUGAGCAUGCAAAUACAGUUUGGAAUCAUUUCAACUGUCAAACACUCGGGGAAUACUCUGAUCUUUAUUUAAAAAUCGACGUGCUGCUGCUGACUGAUGUGUUUGAAAAUUUCCGAGAUCUCUGUAUAAGAACUUACCAUCUGGACCCAUCAUUUUACUACACAGCACCGGGAUUUAGUUUUGACUGUAUGCUGAAAUACACGGGUCAACAACUUGAACUGAUUUCGGAUUAUGAUAUUUUGUUAAUGUUCGAGAAAGGAAUUCGUGGCGGCUUGACCCAGGCGAGCAUGAGAUAUGCAAAGGCGAAUAAUGAAAAGACACCAGAUUAUGAUCCAACACAACCAAAAUCAUGGCUUGUUUAUCAGGAUUGUAACAACUUGUACGGUUACGCAAUGUCACAAUUCAUGCCAUACGGAGGAUUUAAGUGGGUUGAGCCGAAACUAGAGGGUCUAAAUGAUUUAAACGAUAGAUCACCAAUCGGGCGGAUGUAUGAGGUCGAUAUAUCAUAUCCAAAAGAACUUCACGACAAGCAUAAUGAUCUGCCAUUCCUACCGAAAAAUAGUAUUCCACCUGGUUCAAAAGUUAAAAAACUUAUGGCGACUUUAGAAUCAAAGAAAAACUAUGUGAUUCAUUAUCGGAACCUGCAGCAGGCUAUAGCCAACGGACUCGUUGUGGAAAAAGUUCACAGAGUUGUGCAGUUUAAUCAGUCGGACUGGCUUAAAAAAUACAUAGAAUUAAACACUGAGAUGCGGAAAAAAGCGAGGAACGACUUUGAAAAGGAUUUCUUCAAACUCUUAAACAAUGCCGUUUUUGGAAAAACCAUGGAAUCUUUAAGGAAACGUUUUAAAAUGGAGCUUGUUUGUAGUGAAAAACGUUUGCAAAAACUUAUAAAUCUUACUACAUUCAAACACUGUACUACGUAUGACGAAACCCUCAACGCUGUCUCAUUAGAAAACAAAAUUAUCAUGUUUAACAAGCCAAUAUAUAUAGGUUUUGCAGUGCUGGAAAUUUCCAAGACCGUCAUGUAUGAUUAUCAUUAUAACGUUAUGCAGGCUCAUUAUAGGGAUAAAAUUGAGCUCAUGUAUACUGAUACAGAUUCACUGGUAUACUAUAUUCAAACCGAUGAUUUUUACAAAGACCUGGAGAAUAAUUCCAAUUUACUCGAUCGAAUGGAUACAUCAGACUUACCACAAGAUCAUCCAUGUUACAUUGCUGAGCGAAAGAAAAUCCCUGGUUUGUUUUCCGAUGAAACAAAUUCAGAGGUUAUGACGCAUUUUUGUGGGCUCAGAGCAAAGUCUUAUUCAUAUAAGAUCAAUGGCAAGGAGAAGAUCAGGGCGAAAGGAAUCCGCGGGCAUGUAGUCAGAAACCAUAUGAAUUUCAACGAUCAUUAUCGCUGUCUGUUUGGUGAUACAACUUUGGAUGUGAUGACGGAGAAUGUCUCUAUCCGGUCGUUCAAUCAUCGAUUGAAGACUAUUAAAUCAACCAAAUUAACUUAUAAUAGUUUCGAUGACAAGAGGGUUAUACUUGAGGAUCAAAUACAUACCUUGGCUCACGGUCACUACUCUAUAGAGGACACCAGAACACUAGAGCAAGCAGAAGCCGAAUUAAUACAACUUCCGGAAGCCGAGAUAGACAGAUAGUUUUUUUUUUUUAUUUAUUAUAGAUGAUUUGUUUUUAUAUUGUAAAAUAUCACUGUAGAUAUUAUUAUUAUUUUUUUUUUUAUUUUGUAAAAUAUCUCUGUAGAUAUUAUGUGGAUAUUAUAUUUAUUAUUAUUAUUAUUAUUGAAUUGAUUCUAGUUAGGAUAGGAUAGGAUAGUAUAGGAUAGGAUAGGAUAGUAUAGUAUAAAGAAAUAACUCAUUGAUAUAAAAAAAAUAAAUAAAUAUGAUAUUUAUUUUUACAAAUUAUUUACAAACCAUUUUCUUAGGCUAAAUACUUUAUAAAAUGAACAUUGUUUAGGAUUGAAAUCCAUAUGAAAAAUACAGCAUGGUAAAGUUUCUUCAUCACAUAUUUGGUCUAGUGGAGGGCACCCCAUGUCGUCAAUAUUGAUGAUCCCGAUGUGAGGAAUAUACUCUAAAAGAAGUUGUUUUUUCUGAUCGCCUUUAACGUAUAUGAAACUGAACUUUAGUGAAUUCAGUACUCUACCUAGUUCUUCAUACUCAACAUCCCCAUAUUCCAAAGAUAGUUUGUGAUAAUUACGCUCCAACCACUUGUUAGUUUUCCGACUCUUGUUAUCCUGUAUUGAUUUUGAAUUUUUAAAAAUCCAAUGUUGAGUGGCCCAUGUUUCUACAUCUACUAUAGACAUUUCUUUUAUCAUGUAUUUAUUAUCCCUCCCGAGAAUGCAAU